AUUCCCUGCUGGACACGUCCCACAGGGAAAAGCUUUUCCUCAGGGAUUCACCCCCGAGUGGUGCCCACGGGAGCUUCCAAGGAGGAAAUCCCAGUGAAGCUCCCACAUUCCUUGGGUCUGGGGGCUCCCCAAACCCGGAGCUGCUGUGCCCCACCUUCUCCAGGCUCUGGCUGUUGUUCCAGGCUGGGGCAGAGCCCAGCUAAAUUUAGAGGGAUCGAUUUCAGCCCCCGCCUCUGCCCCGCGGGGGGAAAGGACAGAGCAAAGGUGGCCGGGGACAAGGAGCCACGGGGGGAUCCCUUCUCUGUGCCCUGAAUUUGGGCUCCUGGGACCCCAAAUUCAUCCAGGAGCAUGGAGGAGCCCAGGGGGGCUGGAAUUCUCCUGGGUUAUUCCACGGGUCUCUGUGGCUGUCACCCGGGGCAGAGCUGGUGACAAGGACGCGGGGAAGGAGCUCCUGAGGAGGCUGAUCCAGGGGAGCUGCUGAAUGAAGCCGGGAGCUGCUGGUGGGUGAGAGACCCCCCCCAAGUUCUGCAUGGAUGGGAAUGGGGAGAGCUGCCCACAGUAGGAGCCCAGGGCAGCUGGAAAACUCCGGCCUCUUCCUCCGAGCUUUCCUGCUCCUCUUCCUCCUCAGGCAUGUCUCUUCCCAGUGCAAGAUCCUCCGCUGCAACUCGGAGUACGUGGCGGCCACGCUCCACCUGCGCGGCCCCGAGCGCGGCGCCGCCUUCUGCACCGCGCUGCGCUCCUACUCGCUGUGCACCCGCCGCACCGCGCGCACCUGCCGCGGCGACCUGGCCUUCCACUCGGCCGUGCACGGCAUCGAGGACCUCAUGAUCCAGAACAACUGCUCCAAGGAAGGCCCCACGGCCCCACCGCGGCCCCGGCCCGCGGCGCCCAACGCCGCGCGCGGCUUCGAGUCGCUCGAUAUCUGCGACUACGAGAGGAGUUUCCUCUACAAGCACGGCCGGCCCCCCGGUUUCCAGCACUGCGCUGCUUUUGGGGACCCCCACAUCCGAACCUUUCAUGAUGAUUUCCACACGUGCCGCGUGGAGGGCUCCUGGCCGCUCUUGGACAAUGAUUAUCUGUUUGUGCAAGCCACCAGCUCGCCGGUGGCCAAGGGGUCCAACGCGACGGUCACCAGCAAGCUCACCAUCAUCUUCAAGAACAUGAAGGAAUGCAUCGACCAGAAGGUCUACCAGGCCGAGCUGGACAACGUCCCCGCAGCCUUCCAGGACGGCUCCGUCGACGGCGGCGCACGUCCCGGCGGGAGCAGCCUGUCCAUCCGCGAGCUCAGCCCCGGCCGGCACGUGGAGAUCCGCGCCGGCUACAUCGGCACCACCAUCGCCGUGCGCCAGGCCGGCCGCCAGCUCUCCUUCUCCAUCCGCGCCGCCGAGGAGGUGGCCAGGGCCUUCACGGAGGAGCAGGACCUGCAGCUCUGCGUGGGCGGCUGCCCCCACAGCCAGCGCAUGUCCCGCAGCCCCCGCGGGCGCGGCCGCGUCCCCGCCGAGACGGCGCGGGCGCUGUGCCGGGAGAUGCUGCCCGUGGAGGACGUCUACUUCCAGUCGUGCGUCUUCGACGUGGUCACCUCUGGGGAUGCCAACUUCACCAUGGCGGCGCACGGGGCGCUGGAGGAUGCCCGGCUCUUCCUGCCCGAUGCUGAGAAGCUCCACAUCUUCCAGGCCGGGGGAGGCUGCCAGCUCAGCUCUCCAUCGUUUCUGCUCCUCAUCCUCCUCCUCCUGCCGUCUGGAUUUUGGGCUGGUUUGUUGCACUUUUAAGGCCUGCUUGCUCUGUAGGGAACUUGUGAGAGCUGCCGGUUCCACCUUGAAGGCUCCUCACCUCAGAGACCCAAGAGAGGGAAGGGGUGAACCCCUGGUUUGCACCCCUGGUCUCACAUGGAUGGUGCAGCUGCUCCCAGCUCCUCUCCUGAAGGCAUUUCCAAAUUUUUCUGCUCCAUUCUGACACGUUCCUUCCCCUGCCCUGAAGGCAGUUCCAGUUUUUUCUGCUCCAUUCUGACAUGUUCCUUUUCCCCUCAGGAUGUGGCAUUGUGGUGCAUCAAAGGAAAAUAAACCCCCAGGGUUACAAACCCCCUCUGAGCCUUUCCAUAAAU